AUCCCCGCGACUGCAGCAGCGCCGGUUCCCUCCCGGUCCCCGCCUCGGCCCCGGGCUCCGAAGCGGCUCGGGGGGCGCCCUUUCGGUCAGCGUCGUCGUCUACCCCUUCCCCAUCCCCAUCCUCCGGGGACCCAAGUUCGCCAGCGCCCAGCCUGGGGAGCCGGCCGGGAAGCGCGAUGGGGGCCCCUUCCGCCCUGCCCCUGCUCCUGCUUUUCGCCUGCCGCUGGGCGCCCGGCGGGGCCAACCUCUCCCAGGACGGCUACUGGCAGGAGCAGGAUUUGGAGCUGGGAACUCUGGCUCCACUGGACGAGGCCAUCAGCUCCACAGUCUGGAGCAGCCCUGACAUGCUGGCCAGUCAAGAUAGUCAGCCAUGGACGUCUGAUGAGACCGUGGUGGCUGGUGGCACCGUGGUGCUCAAGUGCCAAGUGAAGGAUCAUGAGGACUCAUCCUUGCAGUGGUCUAACCCUGCUCAGCAGACUCUCUACUUUGGGGAGAAGAGAGCCCUUCGAGAUAAUCGGAUUCAGCUGGUGAGCUCCACGCCCCGUGAGCUCAGCAUCAGCAUCAGCAAUGUGGCCCUGGCCGACGAGGGCGAGUACACCUGCUCCAUCUUCACCAUGCCCGUGCGAACAGCCAAGUCACUCGUCACUGUGCUCGGCAUCCCUCAGAAGCCCAUAAUCACUGGUUACAAGUCAUCAUUACGGGAAAAGGAGACAGCCACCCUGCACUGUCAGUCCUCUGGAAGCAAACCUGCAGCACAGCUCACCUGGCGGAAGGGUGACCAAGAGCUCCGUGGAGAACCAACCAGAAUACAGGAAGAUCCCAAUGGAAAAACCUUCACCGUGAGCAGCUCAGUGACGUUCCAAGUUACCCGGGAGGAUGACGGAGCCAACAUCGUGUGCUCCGUGAUACAUGAAUCUCUGAAGGGAGCGGACAGAUCCACCUCUCAACGCAUUGAAGUCUUAUACACACCUACUGCGAUGAUUAGGCCGGACCCCCCACAUCCCCGGGAAGGCCAGAAACUGUUGCUUCACUGUGAGGGACGUGGCAAUCCGGUCCCCCAGCAGUACCUCUGGGAGAAGGAGGGCAGUGUGCCACCCCUCAAGAUGACCCAGGACAGUGCUCUCAUCUUCCCCUUCCUCAACAAGAGCGACAGUGGUACCUACGGCUGCACAGCCACCAGCAACAUGGGCAGCUACAAGGCCUACUUCACUCUCAAUGUGAAUGACCCCAGCCCAGUGCCCUCGUCCUCCAGCACCUACCACGCCAUCAUCGGCGGGGUUGUGGCAUUCGUCGUCUUCCUGCUGCUCAUCCUGCUCAUCUUCCUGGGCCACUACCUGAUCCGGCACAAAGGGACCUACCUAACACACGAGGCCAAGGGCUCCGACGACGCUCCGGACGCGGACACGGCCAUCAUCAAUGCAGAAGGCGGGCAGUCAGGCGGGGAUGACAAGAAGGAAUAUUUCAUCUAGGGGCGCCUGCCCACCACCUGCGACCCCCACAAGGGCCCCAUGCAGACGGCUGGGCCAUCACCAACCCGGACUUGUACAGAGCGACCCCAGGGCCGCCCCUCCCGCUUGCUCCCCAGCCCACCCACCCCCUUGUACAGAAUGUCUGCUUUGGGUGCGGUUUUGUACUCGGUUUGGAAUGGGGAGGGAGGAGGGCGGGGGGGAGGGGAGGGUUGCCCUCAGCCCUUUCCGUGGCUUCUCUGCGUUUGGGUUAUUAUUAUUUUUGUAACAAUCCCAAAUCAAAUCCGUCUCCAGGCUGGAGAAGUGGGGGUCCUGGGCUAAGGAAAGCAAAAAAAAAAAAAAAAAAAAAAAAAUCUCAAGUGUUAGGAGGAGGAGGAGGAGGAGGAAGAUGCAGGGCUCAGGAGAGGGCGUGAAGGGCAGGGUGUACUUGGAGGGUCAGCGCUCCCCAGUCCUCCUUCUAUCCCCUACAAGAGCAGCUGCCAAGACUUCCCCAGGGGUGAGGGCAGGAAGCAGAGGGUUAUAAGCAGGGGCUGGCUGUGGCUUUUCUUCUGCCCAGCCACACGCCGGCGAGCCGUGAACCCGGGAAGAUCAGUGCCACUUUGACACCCCUGGGGAGGCCUGAGGUUUUGCAGCCUUCAGUACAUGCUGCUCCCAUGGGAAGGGGUGGGGAGAUCCCCAGGAAAGAAGAUAGAAAUGGAAGAGGAAAGAUGCCGCAGAGGGUCCUGUCCACCUGCUGCCGCCCCUGUACCCCAGUGAACAAAGCCAGGGUCUUUCCACAGGAACUGUCCCAGGGGAGGGGGGCAGGACACGGACGUCUGUCCUUGCUCCAGCAGCUGUGGGAGAGGCACUGUACUGGGGCCUGAACUGUGUCUGCUUCCCCCUCCCACCCCCUGAGGGGCCCCUCACUGCGACCCAGGCCCCUGGACCGUUGCACGGCAACCACUCUUCAAGCAUUGCUCAGCAACUGCUCCUCCCAUCCUGUGCCGCCCGGUUCCAUGUCCAUCUCCACGCCAGCCCUUAGUCUGCCCUCCCUCAGCAGCCAGGCAGACCUACCAACAAAAAUACUAAAAGGAGCUUCACUGCACUGAGGUGUUUCCUACCCAAACGAAGGGAGUAACGUGAACUGUGCGUGUACGUGUGUGUGUGUGUGACUAUGUGUGUGCACGUGUGUCAAUGUGAGAGGCAGAGAGAGGUGCUGAGA